GUAUAAAGUAACACGUAGAGCGUAGAGCUAGAACAAGCUGUCAAUCUGUCAAUUUAUUCAGUAGGUCAGCAGCAGUCUUGUUCGCAAUAUUAUGCGCGUUGGUGAACGUCAUUCAUUGUAAUGCUAAUCGUGUCUAAGCAAUGUCUCACCACAUGCAGCUCAUACUACUCGGCGUGUUCGUGCUCCUGAUUACGCCUUUCGAAAUCGACAGUUUUUCUUAUGAGAAUCUGCCUGCGGUCGCGAUGGAUUACAAAGUGCACAUUGAUGCCGGCAAGGAGGAUUGUUUUUCUCAAUAUGUGAACCCGGGUGCGACUUUUUACGUUAGUUUUCAGGUCUUGCGCGGUGGAGAUGGGAAAGCUGGUUUUGCAGUGAGAAAUCCAGAAGGAAACAUAGUUUAUCCUUAUCAAUGGCGUCCCAAUGGUGAUUACCAAGAUCAAUCAAUAAACGGUGGUUACUAUAGUGUAUGCAUUGAUAAUCAGUUUUCAAGAUUUGCUGCAAAACUAGUGAAUUUGUAUAUCACAGUGAUUAGAUAUGAUCAAUGGCAACAGUAUACACAGGAAUUAGAAGAACUGAAUCUUUCUGUUGAGAAUUUCACGAAUGCAAUUGUGCAUGUGGAGAAGAAUAUUAAUGAAAUGCUGCAAACUCAACAUUGGAGCAGAAGCAGAGAGACGAGAGACUUGAAUCUGUUGUUGGACAAUAACUCUUAUGUCCAGAUGUGGUCGAUAGCGCAAGUGAUUUUUAUCACAGUAACGACUAUGAUACAAGUGUAUUUUGUUAGGAAGUUAUUUGACGAAAAACCAUCUGGCUAUUCUAAGACACGCAUUUAACAUUAAUGAAUAACUUCUAGGUGUCGGCUCAAUAAGAGCAUUGUCCAAUAUAUAUUGUGAUAAGAUUAUUGUAAUUGAUUAAGCUCACAUGUCAUACAAAAAUCUAUAAAUAACAGCAUAAUUAUGCAUAUAAAUCUUUCUAGUUUAGUGAGUGCAAUACAUGUUUUAUUAUUUGAUAAAAUUAUAUGUCAUGUGAUGCUGUUAUAUAUAUUUAUAUGAAAUUACUCUUGGAAAUUAUCUGAGAUAAGAAGAGAGUUAAAAUUAUCUGACUAAGAUACAAAAAAUUCGUUACAUACAGAAAUUUAUUAAUGAGUGGUCAAAAAAUCUUUUGUAAGAUGGAGAUAUAUAUUCGGACGAAUAUUAGUCUGUAACAAAUAAAAACAUAAAUUUUCAAUUAACAAAAACGUAACAAAAUAUUAACACCAAUGAGAUUUUGCAUUUAUAUGCAUUUUUCUAUCAAAUUUACCGCAUAAUACUUUCAGUAAUCUUAAGCACAUGCUAUUUUUGAUAAUUUUUAUAACAAAUAUUCUAUGUCGAUAUAUAUUUUCUAUCUUUUUUUAUAUAAUAAUGUAUUUAUAAGCCAAAGUGUUGCUUAUAUCAUAUAAGAUUGUAACACAUUUUGCAUUUAUGCAAAACAUUCUACAUGCAUCUUUGAUUGACUUUGACUCAUUGUUCGUUUUUAAUUUCAGAUAUUCUUAUGUAUGAUCAUGAAGACAUUUAAAGAAUAUAUAAGAUUUAUAUAUUUAUAUUGUAUUUGUAUAAAAAAUAAUAAACAGACGCAUAUACUUUUGUUACAAUA